AUGAGUAAUAUAGUAAUAUCAGAUCAACAACAACAACAACCACAACAACAACUGGAGCAACUGGCACAGGUGAGCCACAAUCAAAUUUCCCCUCACUCACUGGAAUUGCUUCCCCCACACUCCCAACAACAACAACAACAACAACAACAGCCCACACCAAAUAAUGGAACAGUUACAACUGACUCAACUCACACUGACAACACACAGCUGUCAUCACUGAAGAAUAAGCGAGACGGUACUAGACCUUACAAAUGUCCCCAUUGUGAAAAAGCGUUCCAUAGGCUAGAGCAUCAAACAAGACACAUACGUACCCACACUGGUGAGAAGCCACAUGUGUGUAAGUUCCCUGGCUGUACUAAGAAGUUUAGCAGGUCAGAUGAACUAACCAGACACUUGCGUAUCCACACCAAUCCAAACUCGAGGAAAAAUAAAAAGAAUGAAAAGGUCAAAAACGAAAUAGUUUUCAAGAAUACAACUGCUGGAACGACUGAGGCCAAACAACAGCUGGUUUCCAAUGGCGCCGCCACUACCACCAGGGGUAGGAAGAAGAAUAAUGGUGGUGCUACUACCACUACUACGAAUACAUCGCCACCUUCUUCACCAACCAACUCCUCAUCACCUGACACCAAGAUGGAAACUGAUUCAAUGAUAUCGCAACAACUGUCACACCAAAAUGAAAGACAACCAUUUACUGAUCUGCCGCUCACGCCUACAGCUACUCCCAACUUUAAAGCAGAUGCACAAGUUGCCGUUGCAGCAGCCGCAGGUGCCACUCCACAAAGCACAACCACCUCGACAAAUUCGGCCGCGUCGCAGGAUUCUCUCACCAUGAACAAGAAUAUUUCUAGUAUAGAUAUACUAGCCCUGGCUGCCACUCAAGAAUUGGCUAGUAUAGAACUAUCCAAAUCACUUCCUUCGCUUGUUGAUCAUUUCAACAACGAUUCACAAAAACCUCAAAGUCUGGAAUUUAAAUUCUCACCACCGAAAUGGGGCCAGAACUUGAACCAGGAAUUUUCUCGAGAAAAGGCUUCAUUCCACAUUAAUGAUACAGGGAACCUAACUUAUUUGUCAAACAUUGCAAGCAGGUAUUCGGGUAUUCCUAGAAUGACACCGGUAGAACAUCCACAACCACAAUUAAAUCAAGCUUCUGGUCGCAAACAAAACAUAUCUCAAGACUCAGACAUUGACUACCUCAAACUGAAGCUCAAGAAAUCUAGACCAAAUAGUCCUAAGUUUUACCAAUAUGGCAAGUUUUACAACAACCACGGACACAAUUAUACCAUGCCCAACUCUCCUAUCCUAGGUCUAUCUACCAGUUCCACUCCGCUAAUGUCAGCCAGUAACAGUUUUACUAAUUUGGCCCUGUUAGCAAUGACUCCAGCUGCACCAGGAAACAACAACAACAGCAGCAGCAGCAGCAACAAUGGUAAUCCUGUUAGCCAACGACCCAGUACACCAUCAAAAGCUACUUUCAGUAUACCCAAGAUGUCGCCUUCUUCAACUGAUGCAUUACCAAGUCUUAAAAGUUUAAACCUACCUAUAGGUGAUUAUAAAUAA